AUGAAAAUAAUUUUAUUUUUAAUUUUAAUUAUUUUUUUAAUUAAUGAUUGCCAAGGUUUAAAAAAAGGUACAACCUUUGGAUCAGAUCCAAAUUCAGAUAGUGCGAAGUGUAAUGAUAUCAAAGAUUUAAAUGUUGCUUGGUAUUAUAAUUGGGAUAAAAAACCAACAUGUAAUGCUGGAAUUCCAGGUGUUGAAUUUAUUCCAACUAUUUGGGGCAGUGGUUCAUUACCAAUUGGUAAUUUACCAAAUGGUUCCGAAUGGUUAAUUGGAUUCAACGAGCCAAAUUACAAUAAUCAAGCAAAUUUAACACCAAAGCAAGCAGCUGAUUUAUGGCCACAAUUAGAAGCCACUGGCAGAAAAUUAGUUGCUCCAGGUGUCGCUGAUUGUGGUCAACAGUUAGGUGGUGGCUGUACUUAUUCAACAUUGGAUUGGUAUAGCCAGUUCUUGGGAAAUUGUAGCAAAUGUCGUAUUGAUGCCGUAUCACUCCAUCUCUACUAUUGCAAUGCCGAUGACAUGAUGAAUAAAAUCAAUAGCCUUUACCAAUUAACAAAGAAACCAGUUUGGUUAACUGAAUUUGCUUGUAACAGUCCCGCCAGUAAAGAAAGUGUUGUAACAUUUGCUCAAGCUUUAUUACCAAGAUUAGAAAAUUCAACCCAAGUUGGUCGUUACAGCUGGUUCAUUCCAUAUUGUGGAGGUUGUGGUGCUGGUGAUUUGUUAUAUAGUUCAUUAUAUAAUGAUCAAUCAGGUAAUAAAAAUUUAACACCAAUUGGUCAAUAUUAUUCUAAUUUCCAAAGUAAUAAUGGUGGUGGUAAUGGUAAUGGUAAUGGUAAUGGUAGCGAUAGUGGUAGUGAUGAAACUGGUUCAAGUUCAAAUUUAAUCAAAUCAACUUUAACUUUUACUUUAAUUUUAAUUUUAAUUUUAUUAUUAUUUUAA